UCCGCCGGAGGAGCCCAGGGAGGAGAGGAGGACUGAGGGCAAGAAGUGGGUCUCCGGCUUCUCCGGGUUCAGGCUCCCGGACUGGCCUCAGAGUUUGGGAACCAAGAAGUGGGUUUUGUUGUGUUUGUUUUUCUCAGGACAAAUGGCUGGUUUGGAAGCGUGACUCCCCCACCCUUUGGAUCCCAGCUUGGGUCUUUUCUGCCCCUUGGGACUCGUGGUGACCAUGCGGUGAUGAGCGCCCAGGGAGGGACAGCCAUCCAGCCAUCCAGCCAUCCAUCUAUUGAUCUAUCAUCUAUCUACCUAAAACUCAGUUACCAAAAUAUUUUCGAUGAAAGAUUUAUGACUUGGAAAUAUACUUGCAAUACUGAAUGAAAAAAGGUUGUCCCCUGAGCACACUUAUGCUUUGGUGGUUGGCUCGUAGCCAGUGGCCUCACCUCACAUGGGCAGGAGCUAAGUGGACUCACAUCUCAUGGGCGUGAAGAUCCCUUGCACCACCCAGGUCUCACUGCAUCCUGGGCAUGACUGAGCUUCUUCAAUGGGCCAGGCAGUACUGGCACCAGCUGAUGAAUGGGAGAACCCGGGGUGAAGAUGAGCGACCAUACAACUAUUCCUCACUGCUUGUCUGUGGGGGCAAGUCUUCCCAGACCCCCAAACUGGCAGGAAAGCACCGAGUUGUUAUUCCCCACCUCCAGUGCUUCAAGGAUGAAUACGAAAGGUUUUCUAGAACCUACGUGAAUAACCGAAUAAGGACAACCAAGUACACACUUCUCAAUUUCGUGCCAAGAAAUUUAUUUGAGCAGUUUCACAGGGCUGCCAACUUAUAUUUCCUGUUCCUGGUGGUCCUGAACUGGGUGCCUUUGGUAGAAGCCUUUCAAAAAGAAAUCACCAUGCUGCCACUGGUGGUGGUCCUCACAAUCAUUGCAAUUAAAGAUGGCUUGGAAGACUACCGGAAAUACAAAAUUGACAAGCAGAUCAACAAUUUAAUAACCAAAGUUUACAGUAGGAAGGAGAAAAAGUACAUUGAUUGCUGCUGGAAGGAUGUCACUGUCGGGGACUUCAUUCGUCUCUCCUGUAACGAGAUCGUCCCUGCAGAUAUGGUGUUACUGUCUUCCACGGAUCCGGAUGGAAUCUGUCACAUUGAGACGUCUGGCCUUGAUGGAGAGAGCAAUUUAAAGCAGCGGCAGGUGGUUCGAGGGUAUGCAGAGCAGGACUCUGAAGUUGAUCCUGAGAAGUUUUCCAGUAGGAUAGAAUGUGAAAGCCCAAACAAUGACCUCAGCAGAUUCCGAGGCUUCCUAGAACAUUCCAACAAGGAGCGUGUGGGCCUCAGCAAAGAGAAUUUAUUGCUCAGGGGAUGCACAGUGAGAAACACAGAGGCUGUUGUAGGCAUUGUGGUCUAUGCAGGUCAUGAAACUAAAGCAAUGCUGAACAACAGCGGACCACGGUAUAAGCGCAGUAAAUUAGAGAGAAGAGCGAAUACAGAUGUCCUUUGGUGUGUCCUGCUUCUGCUUGUAAUGUGUUUAACGGGUGCACUGGGUCAUGGAAUCUGGCUGAGCAAAUAUGAAAACAUGCUCUUCUUCAAUAUCCCUGAGCCUGAUGGACACAUCAUAUCACCCAUGUUGGCAGGAUUCUAUAUGUUUUGGACCAUGAUCAUUUUGUUGCAGGUCUUGAUUCCCAUUUCUCUCUAUGUUUCCAUCGAAAUUGUAAAGCUUGGGCAAAUAUAUUUUAUUCAAAGUGAUGUGGAUUUCUACAAUGAGAAAAUGGAUUCCACUGUUCAGUGUCGAGCCCUAAACAUCACUGAGGAUCUUGGACAGAUUCAGUACCUCUUUUCUGAUAAGACAGGAACCCUUACUGAAAAUAAAAUGGUUUUUCGAAGGUGUAGUGUGGCAGGAUUUGACUACUGCCACGAAGAAAAUGCCAAGAGGCUUGAGUCCUAUCAGGAAGCUGUCUCCGAGGAGGACGACUACAUGGACACUCUGAGUGGCUCCCUCAGCAAUGUGGCAAAACUGAGAGCCCAUGACUGCAGGACAAUUCAUAACCGGCCUUUGGGAAGCAAGCCUUCAACUCAUCUUUCUGGAAGUACUUUUGCUGUAGGAAGUGGAGAAAGAGUCGGUGAAGUGCCUCAUUCCAGACAGGCUGCAUUCAGUAGCCCAAUUGAAACAGAUGUGGUACCAGACACCAGGCUUUUGGACAAAUUUAGUCAGAUUAGUCCUCAGCUCUUUACCCCAUUGGAUGGGGCCCCCCAGAGUCCACCACUGGAGAGUUUGUACAUCAUGGAUUUCUUUAUUGCACUGGCCAUCUGCAACACAGUGGUGGUUUCCGCUCCUAACCAACCUCGACAAAAGAUUGGGUUCUCUUCACUGAGUGGAAUGCCCAUUAAAUCCUUGGAAGAGAUUAAAAACCUCUUCCAGAAAUUGUCUGUCCGAAGAUCAAGUUCACCGUCCCUUGCCGGUGGGAAAGAGCCAACUUCUGGGGUUCCCUGUGCCCUUGUGAGCAGACUCUCUCUCUUUAAUCGAAUGAAGCUGGCUUCUCCUAUGGAGGAAGAGUCUUCCCAAGUAACUGAGAGUCCCCAAGCUGGUAACACAGCAUGCUGUACAGAAAUUGAGGAACCGAACCAUGGUGCAGGAGUCACGGUUGACACAGGAGAAGCCCUGGACAGACAGCCCCUGGCUUCCAACCUGUGUUAUGAGGCAGAGAGCCCAGACGAAGCAGCCUUAGUGUAUGCCGCCAGGGCUUACCAAUGCACUUUACAGGCUCGAACCCCAGAGCAGGUCAUGGUGGACUUCGCUGCUUUGGGAUCAUUAACAUUUCAACUCCUACACAUUCUACCCUUCGACUCAGUAAGGAAAAGAAUGUCUGUUGUGGUCCGGCACCCUCUUUCCAAACAAGUCGUGGUAUAUACAAAGGGUGCUGAUUCUGCCAUCAUGGAGCUGCUGUCAGCGGCCCCAGAUGGAACAAAUCUGGAAAAACAGCAGAUGAGAAUAAGGGAGAAAACGCAGAGUCACCUGGACGAGUAUGCCAAGCGAGGCUUGCGCACGUUAUGCAUAGCGAAGAAGGUCAUGAGUGACACUGAAUAUGCAGACUGGCUGAGGAACCACUUUUUAGCUGAAACCAGCAUUGACAACAGGGAAGAACUGCUAGUGGAAUCUGCCAUGAGACUAGAGAACAAACUGACAUUACUUGGUGCUACUGGCAUUGAAGACCGUCUGCAGGAGGGAGUCCCAGAGUCCAUAGAAGCCCUUCAGAAAGCUGGCAUCAAGAUCUGGAUGCUGACAGGGGACAAACAGGAAACAGCUGUCAACAUAGCUUAUGCAUGCAAACUCCUGGAGCCAAAUGCCAAGCUCUUUAUCCUGGAUACCCAGAGUAAAGAUGCCUGUGAGAUGCUGAUGAGUACAAUUUUGAAAGAACUUCAAAGGAAAAUUCCAGUCUCUCCAGACCAAGCAUCAUUAAGAAAAGAUCUCCCUCAGCCUUCUGUCCUCCAGCACUCAGGGCGUGCUGGACUCAUUAUCACUGGGAAAACCCUGGAGUUUGCCCUGCAGGAGAGUCUGCAAAAGCAGUUCCUGGAGCUGACUGGUUGGUGCCAAGCUGUGGUCUGCUGCCGAGCUACACCCCUGCAGAAAAGUGAGGUGGUGAAAUUGAUUCGCAAUCAUCUCCACGUGAUGACCCUGGCCAUCGGUGAUGGUGCCAAUGAUGUUAGCAUGAUACAAGUGGCUGACAUUGGGAUUGGGGUCUCAGGUCAAGAAGGCAUGCAGGCCGUGAUGGCCAGUGACUUUGCCAUUUCUCAGUUCAGACACCUCAGCAAGCUCCUUCUCGUGCAUGGGCAUUGGUGUUACACGCGACUCUCCAACAUGAUUCUCUAUUUCUUCUACAAGAAUGUGGCCUAUGUGAACCUUCUUUUCUGGUACCAGUUCUUUUGUGGGUUCUCAGGAACUUCUAUGACUGACUAUUGGGUUUUGAUCUUCUUCAACCUCCUCUUCACAUCUGCUCCCCCCGUCAUUUAUGGUGUUUUGGAGAAAGAUGUAUCAGCAGAGACCCUCCUGCAGCUGCCCGAACUUUACCAGAGUGGUCAGCAAUCAGAGGCAUACCUGCCCUUGACCUUCUGGUUCACCCUGCUGGACGCCUUUUACCAAAGCCUGGUCUGCUUCUUUGUGCCUUACUUUACCUACCAGGGCUCUGACAUUGACAUCUUUACAUUUGGAAAUCCUCUGAACACAGCGGCUCUGUUCAUCAUUCUCCUCCAUCUGGUCAUUGAAAGUAAGAGUUUGACUUGGAUCCACAUGCUGGUUAUCAUUGGUAGCAUCUUGUCCUAUUUUUUCUUUGCCUUGGCUUUUGGAGCCAUGUGUGUAACAUGCAACCCACCAUCCAACCCCUACUGGAUUAUGCAAGAGCACAUGCUGGAUCCAAUGUUCUACUUAGUUUGUGUCCUUACAACCUGCAUCGCUCUUCUGCCCAGGUUUACAUACCGAGUUCUUCAGGGAUCCAUGUUUCCAUCUCCCAUUCUGAGAGCUAAGCACUUUGACAGACUAACUCCAGAGGAGAGGACAGAAGCUCUUAAGAAGUGGAGAGAGGCUGCAAAGAUGAAUCAAGUGGCAUCUAAGCUAGCCAACCAAUCAGCUGGUGAAUCAGGAAGAAGACCCCAGGCUGGCCCUUCUGCUGCCCUUGCAAUGAAGCCAGCAACUGCUUGUGCUGUAGAACAAGAAAACUUAUCUACAUGUGAGACUGUGUUAGACCUAAGCCCCUCUGAACCUGAGGCCUCAGAGGUGACCUGACCCUCAGCAUGCUAAGAAUGCGGGAUUUCCCUUGGUGGCAAGUAAUCUUUCAAGUUCAGAAGGGUGUUGAAGAGGCUCCUCUACAAAGCAAGGAUUGCUUAUUUUUCUGCAAAGAUAUCAGCAUUUUACUAGGCUUGGAAAAGCCAAAGCUCUAAUGAUAUGUCUAUAUGUACAUUUGUAAAGGAGAGCUAGGGUUUGACCUCAGUUGAGCAGAGUUUGGGGAAGUGAAAUAUUUAAUUCAGCAUCAGAAAUUUUUAUGAAACCUGUUAGAUUUUGUAAAGGUCUUUUAAUUGUCAUAUAAUAUGCAAAUAUUAUCAAGGGAAUUAAUUUAAAAUGUUUAUUUUAUAGGUAAGUCUUAUUUGGAAAAUGCUUUUAGUGAGCUUAAGUGAGAUCAAUCUGAUUUUUUUUCUUUAAGGAAAAAAAGUUCUUUUAAAGUUCUUUUAUUAGGAAAGAUUAUUAAUUUGAAGAUAAACUCCCAAGAAACUUUUAUUUCCUAUGAAAAGAGGCCUCCAUUCUUCCGACUGAAGGUAUUUAGCUUGCCUCUCUGCUCAUUUCAAUACUGUGCUAAAGUAGAGCCUGGGAAGGGAAGAAGGGAAGGGAAGGGGAGGGGAGGGGAGGGGAGGGGAGGGGACUAAUGUUCUAGGGAAGUAUUCCUCUCUCAGUUUUCCAUCAAGAGAAGAUCCAUGAGGUCCCCAUGUGCAGAUGUCAAUCUGGAAACAGAAGGCAGACACAAUCAGCUGAACCUAAACAGCCUGUUUAGCGACUUCCUGUAUUCUAAAACUGACAGGACCCACAUCAAAAUGAGACAAUCAGUUUCAAAACAAUCCUCUAGAGACCACUUGAGAGCUCAUAGUUGUUAUACACAGCAAUUUAUGUGUUGUAGUCUCUAAAGAAUGGGAUGUAGGUUGAGAAUAACAAAUUAUUCUCAGCAGAGAUCUGUGUGGUUCUCAGAGAGAAAAGUUUUAACAUAUUUGAGGAU